AGGGAGAAGCCCCACAAGUGCUUGGAAUGUGGGAAGGGUUUUAGUCGGAGCUUAGACCUGAUCCAGCACCAGGUGAUCCACACUGGGGACCGGCCCUAUGAAUGUGAGGAGUGUGGGAAGAGCUUCAGCUGGAGCUCCAGCCUGAGGAGGCACCAGAGGAUCCACACUGGGGAGAGGCACUUUGAGUGUGAAGAGUGUGGGAAGAGCUUCAGCCAGAGCUCCAUCCUGAUGCAACACCAGAGGAUCCACACUGGCGAAAAGCCCUUUGAGUGUGGGGAAUGUGGGAAGAGCUUCAGCCAGAGGGGCCACCUGAUGCAACACCAGAUGAUCCACACUGGAGACCGCCCUUAUGAGUGUGGGGAAUGUGGGAUGAGCUUCAGCCAGAAGGGGAGCCUGAUUCAACACCAGAGGAUCCACACUGGGGCAAAGCCCUAUGAGUGUGUGGAAUGUGGGAAGAGCUUUAGAUACAGCUCUGGCCUGAGGAAACACGAGAUGAUCCACACUGGGGAAAAGCCCUAUGAGUGUGGGGAGUGUGGGAAGAGCUUCAGCAUGAAGUGCCAGCUGACGGAACACCAGAAGAUCCACACUGGGGAAAAGCCCUACAAGUGUGGGGAAUGUGGGAGGAGCUUCCGAGAAAGCUGGGCCCUGAUUCGGCACCGGGUGAUCCACUCAGGGGAACGGCCCUACAUCUGCUUGGAAUGUGGGAAGAGCUAUGGGUGGCACACUGACCUGAGAAAACACCACCAGCGUGUUCACUCUGGGGAGAAGCCCUACAAGUGUCCCCAGUGUGGGAAGAGGUUUCACAGGAGCUCCGAUCUCCUCAUACAUGAGCGGAGUCACAGGGAGGAGAGGCCCUUCCGCUGCCCCGACUGUGGGAAGGGCUUCAAGCAAAACUCCAAACUCACCCUGCACCGGCGCAUCCACACGGGGGAGAGGCCCUACGAGUGUGGGGAGUGUGGGAUGAGAUUCUCAUUGAGCUCAACUUUAACCCGACACCAACAGAGGCGCCACUAAGGGAAGCCCUGUGAGUGCCCCGAGUGUGGGAAGAGCUU